GAGUACCCUGAUGGCCAGACCUACCACAAACCUUUGCACACCCACAGGACGUGUAUGUACGAGUCUUCCCCGCACUCCUUCACCCUCACGGAUACAAACUUGAACCAUGCUUAAAGUCGACGCAGUCUACGACUUCGACGAAGGCUUCUUCCAGCUCUGGAGCGACCAAGAUCCCAUGUCCGGUCCGCUCCUCCUCACCGAAUCCACUGGCACAAAGCGGACGGCCAGUGUCGUAGCCGAGAAUAGCGAGCGAUGCACAGCCGUCGGAGAUCAUCGAGAUUACCGAGCUGAACACAUUGACCCACGCGAGAUAUGUUGCACCCGUUCCCUGUGCUGCCCGGAGCCGUCUUGUGAAGACGUACGCCCGACCAAACGGAGAGCCAUAGCCUGUCCGGCAAAUCCAGGCGCACUGUGCGACGGCGACUCGAUGACCCUUGACUACGACGCCUCCUGUCGCGAAUGUAUGCCUUGCGAUUCUGGGGAGUGCUCGCCCGCCGACGUCUGCUACGACCCGCACUGCGACCAAGUCCAGGAGUGUCCGGUCCCGGAAUGCGCUGAUAAGUGCUCUGAUCCCGAGUGCUCCAAAGGCAUUUGCCCGGACCAGCCGUGUUUUUGCUCGCGCUGCGAGGCUCCGCCAUGCACAGUCGGAGAUCUGGAGAAUGGAUGCCACUUUGCUCAUUCCGCACCGGGUCCGGACGGGACCAUCUACUGUUUCAAUGAUGCUCCAUGUCAUUUCAAUGGCGAAGAGUUUGCUCAUCCCAGAUUGCCGGCAUUCGAUGGGUACCAAUGUAAUUCAACACAUCAUCUUCUGCCGGAACGAAGCAAUGGCAUGCCUCCACCAAGCCAGAUGACACCGUUAUCGACGAAUGGGAGUCUGGGAUCGCUUGGGAGCACGCUUCAUGCCCAGUAUUCGUCCUUUUCGGAUCCCAGUAGCUUUGCCUCCUCCGCGGCCCUUGAUGGCUUUUCGCUGUGGGCUCUGUCGAAGGAGCAGAAUAUGAAGAUGAGCCAACCGAAUGGAUGUGUGCCAAUGGGACGGACCUCGCCGACGGCUUAUACACCAAUGAGUGCCUUCUCGGAUUGGGACGUCUUUUCGAAUGCUGCUUCUACUCCCCUCCUGGAUCCAUGUCACACUAUCAGCGGCGACCCCAUGCAAAUCGGCUGGACGCAGACUCCCUGCCAGAGUCCCUUCGUGGACGCCAUCCAACCCAACCACGGACUCGACUUCCUCGCCUCCGUCGCCAAAGUAUCCCUUGUAGAGGAAGAGCCGAACCCGAACAACAGCAGUGGGACCUCACCUCUCCCAUCCGCUUCCACCAGCACGCCUCCACUUCGCCUUAAGACCGAAGACUCUCAAUUCACCUUCGACACCGACCACUCUCCAACCGACCCCAGCACCACCACGCCAUCAUCUCACACGUGCGAAUGGGAAACCGCCCCGGGCAUCCUCUGCCUCCAAACCUUCCCUACCCCCAAAGCCCUCCACCAACACCUGAAAACCGCCCACGUCGACCCCUCGCCCGACUGCAUCUGCCGCUGGUCGCGCUGCUCCAACGGCUCAACCCCGCCCAAGGACUUCAAGCAGCGCAGCAAACUGACGCGGCACCUCCUCGUGCACGACGGCUACCGGCCGCACGCAUGCAAGUUCUGCGACAAGAGCUUCGCGACGAACCAGGCGCGGCAGAACCACGAGCGGACGCACACGGGGGAUCGGCCCUACGUGUGCCCGGAUUGCGGGUUCCGCACCACGACGCAGACGCAGUGGGUCACGCACGUCGAGGCCAUGCAUUCCGGGCGCAAGAGGUACCGGUGUCGGUACGAGGGGUGUGGGUUCGUGUGCGCGGAUAGUAGUAAUUUGAGUAAGCAUGAGAGGAUCCAUCAGGGCCUCCGUCCCUACCGCUGCCCACACCCCGGCUGCGUCUUCCGGCCCGAUUGUCGCUGGGAGAACCUCAAGCGGCAUCUGCGCAAGACGGGCCAUUGCCCCGAGUUGCUCGACGAGAAGAGCGAGGCGCUCGAGCGGUACAAGGAGCAGGUCAAGCGUGAGGAAAGCGAGUGGUUGGCAAAGAACCCCGUUGGGCGGAGCGCGCGGAGUGUGUCGCUGGGUCCUAGGAAGAGGAGUAGGAGUGCGAGGGUUGAAGGGAAGGAGGAGGUGGACGGGGAGGAGGUGUAGAUGGAUGGAUGGUGGGGAGGAGGACCGGUGUGGACGGCAUAUCCUAUUCAGCGGCCACCACACCUAUUUUCUGCGUUGAGAGAAUCCAGCGAGGGAGGCGAUCACAGUGGCAAAACACAGAGGCGAAUAUCGAGGAGAGUGGUAAUAUCUCCCUGACGGCAGAGGUGGUAUCACAGAACAGACCAGACUUUUCUGCCCAGAAAACGCAAGGAACAUAUAGAAUGAAGGCGGAGAACCUUGGGAGUCCGCUUCGUGGCAGCUACAUAGCGUCGUAGGUACCAUGUCCCUAUGGACACAGCCGGCGACAGUUCAGAAAAAAAGGAAUAUACGUAAUAAUGACAGAUCACGAAGCAAC